UCCUGAAUAUGUGGGAGGAGCGCACCGCCCACAAAAAGACACAGCUAUCUGUCUCCAGCUGCAAUUCUAAAAUCCAACUAUAAAAACAGCCAUAAAAUAGUGGUAUUGAUGAGGGGUGUUUUUACAUGAAGAUCGUUGGAAAGGCUUGUUGUACCUAGCGGCAGAAACACCAGCGGCAGAAAGAGAGGAGAGAGGGCGAGGGGUGUUGGUCUGAUGGGUAAAUGAAAGUGGGUGGGCCUACCGCGGACACAUUACUAACUUGAAUUAGAAUACAUUUUUCCAGUCGAUUUUUCCGUUAAUGGAAUUAACGCGCGUCGGUCGUUAAAGGGUGUUUUCGGUUGGUUUUGAGAGGCGUCGGGCGCGGAAACCGGACCAUUUCCCGUUAUCACGGGAGGUUUGAUUGUCGCUCGAGUUUUGUACCGCCCUUCCUGCGGAGUGGGUGGUUUAGGUGCUAACCGGAGCGACGACACAGCCCAGCUCGAGCUAUUCGCGGAGAAAAAAGGCCGUCCUUACCCGGUGCUUUAGCCGGCCUUUCUCCCCUAGCCUCUCCUCUCUGGUUUAUGAAUGCGUUAUGAGUGAUCAGAAGAAGGAAGUGUCGGGAUCAGAAGGAGGGAAACCAGGCAAGAAAGGCAAACGUUCUGGAUCACAGGAUUCCCAGCCGUCUCCCCUAGCCCUACUGGCUGCGACCUGCAGUAAGAUAGGAGGUCAGGGAGGAGUGGAAGGACAGGUCCAGUUGCAAGCUGGUCAAAUACAGUUGCAGGGUGGGCAGAUCCAGGGUCAUAUAGUUGUAGACGCAGCAGGUAAUCAGACUCUGGUUCAGCAGCAGUUAGAACUGGUUCCUGCCCAGUUCACUGGUAAUGGCUGGCAGAUCAUCACUACCGCUCCCCAAAUGGCCAAUGACACUGCCAAUCAACCUGUCGCCGUAACGCUGGCUACCACUUCCGCCAAUGACAGUGCUCCGGCAGGUCGUAAGGCGAAGGCAGUGGGCGGGACUAAAACCAUAGCAGCCAAUCAGCAGCCCCAGCAGCAGCAGCAGUUCCAGAUCAUCCAGGUGCAAAAUAUGCCUUCGUCGGGGGGUGGGGUCCAAUACCAGGUGAUCCCCCACCUGCAGACGUCAGACGGCCAACAGAUCCACAUCAGCCCCCAGACCGCAUCCCUGGGGGGGCAGCACAUCCAGAUCAGUUCGGGCCAGGGCGGUCUACCAGAGCAGGUCCAGCUGAUCCAAACCCAGAACCAAUCCCAGACCCAGGCCAUCCUACAACCGGCCAACCAGCAGGCCAUCCUCACUGGCUCAGCCAAUCAGACGUUGCAGCUUCGUCCAGCCCAAUCCUUCCCGCUACAGAUGCAGACCUUACAGGGCUCCCAGACCCAGGUAAUGACUACAGUACCCAUAAACAUCGGCGGUAUGACCCUCGCCCUGCCGGUCAUGAAUAAUUUAGCGGGGGGCGGAGCCGUGCAGCUUAUCCAAGCAGCCGACGGCAGCUUUACCGUAGCUAACAGUAACCAACUGGUGACAACAACGGCGGCGGUGUCCGGGGCAGCUACCGGGUCAUCUGGGGGUACCAUAACAACUGUUGCCGGGUGCGAUGGAGCAUUGUCGGACGGAACACAGCUGAGUUCUGUAGCCGGGUCGGACGGUGGGGCGGAGAGAGACUCACAGAACCAACCCAGCGAGCAGAACUCACAGAUGAGCCAGGCCAACGGACUACAGGGCCAAUCAGAUCCUCCAGGGACCAUCCAGCAGGUCAUCGUGGGACAGAUGGGCAACCAGGUGUUGCAGCAGAUCCAAAUCCAGCCACAGAACCAGAUCCAAGGCCAGCCGCAUCAGAUCCAAACCUUUCAGUUAGGACCAGGCGGGACCCUACAGCCCAUACAAGCCUUCCAGAACCAACAGGUUCUGAUCCGUACCCCAACCCUCUCCUCGUCGGGCCAGAUCACAUGGCAGACUCUGCAGCUCCCUGGGGGGAUGUCUGUGCCCCAGCAGCUGACCCUGGCCCCUGUGGGCGGAGGGGCUGUGGGAGGAGGGGGCUUCGUGCAGCUGGGGGGGGCUCCCCUGACGCUGAGUGCAGCUCAGAUCAACCCUGGGUCGGGAGUGCAGACGGUCAACAUCGCUGGACUGGGCACCGCUGGGGUACAGAUGCAGGGGGUACCCCUCACCAUCACCGGACUACAGGGUCAGCCGCAGGGUCAGGAGGGCGGGGUUAAGGUCCAGUCAUCCCCAGUAAAGGUAACCAUGGGUAAUGUGGCGGGGUCGUCGCUAAGCCCAGACCAGAUGGGUUCUGUCCAGAGUUCGUCGGACCAAGAAGGACCACCCAGCAAGAGGCUUCGCAGGGUGGCGUGCUCCUGUCCGAACUGCAGGGACGGAGAGGGGAGGUACUAUACACACACACACACACACUCACUGUCUCUCUCUCUGACUGUGUGUGUGUGUUGCAGGACCAGUGGAGACCCAUCUAAGAAGAAGCAGCAUGUGUGUCACAUGGAGGGCUGUGGAAAGGUCUACGGUAAGACCAGUCACCUGAGAGCUCACCUCCGCUGGCACACAGGAGAACGACCCUUCGUCUGCAACUGGAUCUUCUGUGGCAAGAGGUUCACACGCUCGGAUGAACUGCAGAGACACAGACGGACACACACAGAUGUACCCAUCCUCCAGGUGAGAAGAGGUUUGAGUGUCCAGAGUGCAGUAAGCGUUUCAUGCGUAGUGACCAUCUCUCCAAACACAUCAAAACCCACCAGAACAAGAAGGGAGGGGCUUCUCUCGCCAUCAUCACCACUGAAGACAUGGAAGAUUCCAACCAGGGUUUAGGCUCCUCCCCUCGCAUCGUAACUGUGGAGACACUCUCCCAGGACUCCGCCCCUGCCACUCCAACAGCCUCCUCGCCCAAUCAAAUGGAGGGAGAAGAGGAGGAAGAGGAGGAGUUUGAGUAGUGACCAGUGACCACUUCCUGUUUAGGGAUAAAGCAGGGAGAGCUAAAUUCCUGGUUGGUCUCCAUGGUUAUGCUGUGGCUGUGGAGGUCAGGUGGUCCAUUUUUUAAAAAUGUUGUUUUCAAAAAGAAGAGAAAUAUGAUGAACUGAAUAUUACAUAAACAGAGGGAGGAAUCUGAAUCUAAACUAAUGAAUUAAUCUAACGACAGGCUAAAGGUAUGAAUUAGUUGAAUGGUGUUUAUAACAGAACAGAGGUCAGGGGAAAAGGUAUAAUAUAGAUUUAUAAUCUAAACUUGCACCCUAUCCCUUAUAUAGUGCACUACUUUUGGCCAGAGCCUUCUGAGUAGUUUAUGUAGGGAGGAGAAUGCCAUUUUGGAUAGGCUAAUUAAACUAGCACAAGACAGAACCCUGGAGUUGUAAAACAUCAAGAAGAGACAUUGGUUGUGUCCCAAAUAGCUAGGGUGCCAUUUGAAACACAGCAAUUGUAUCUCUAUGCACAAAGAUGUUCCUCUGCUAAUACUGUAAUGAUGAUUAUGAUGAAGAAACAUGAUAUGUGGCACGGUCCAGACUGUAGGACAGACAGGUGAGAGGAGCAGGGACAGGUGUGUGUAUGUGCGUACGUGUGUGUGUGUUUGAGAGUGUGUGACGAUGUAUCCCGGUUCAACAGGACUAUAGUUCAGGUAAAGACCAGUCUGAUAAACUCUUACUGAAGAAAGACCAGAAAAAGAGGAAUAGACCUCUAAAGGGUCAGAAAAAAGCACAUAGAACAUAUGUAUAAAUGAUGCAUUCCUAUAGAAACGCUCUGCAUUUGAAAUAUUAAUCGUUUCUAUAAAACGAACAAUCUAGCUUUCUGCAACAGGCUGUUUAGUGAAAGCAAUACUAUAAGACAAUCCUAGUGAAACCAUGUUUACAUUAAUGACAGUAGAGGAAAAGGUUUCCCUGGUAUGAAACAGCCAGUCAGCUCACAGCGUUAAAGGUGCACUCAGCAAUAUGACAUCAUCAUACACAGCCGGGUGAUUUCCUGCUUGAUGAUGCCAUAUUGCUGAGUGCACCUUUAAGAAGUAGCUCUCCUGGGGUUGGUGGGUGGGUAAGACAGUGUCAAUAAGCAGUACUAAUGUCAAAACACACCGUGCUCCCACUGAUACUCAGAGCAGCAGCUGUUUGUACUAGAACCAGUUUAGAAUAGAGCAGUAAUGUUACUCAAUCAUCGUAUCUGAACCCUAAACUUGUAUAAAGUAUCAACGUCUGAGAUAAACAAUAUGCAUUUCAGUAAUUAGACAUAUUUCAAAUAAUAUAUAUUCACGAUAUUUAAAGUGAUUAGAGAUACUGUACUCUAACAGUGGUAGAGUUCCAGUGUGAUUUGACGUUGGUGCUGCUUUCUCUGCAUUGUGAAGGUAGAGCCCCCUGUGUGUGAGUCCUGGUACUACAACGCCUUAAAACAAGCAGUAUUACACACACGCACACAUACACACAUGUAGUGGGGGGGAAGGGUGAGGCAUGGAGAGAAGGGGUUGUGGCAGGGUGGAUGUUAUUACUAUGUGGUUGUUAUGACAAGUGUCUGGUGAUGUUGCUCUAUGUUAGUGUCAGUGCAUACGUUUUGAAUUGUACUUUUAGCUCUUUAUUUUCUUAACCCCCCCAGUACAUUUUGACACAGAUGAUUACUGUGUCCAGCUAAUUGAUUAUCUGUUCUAUUUUAAUAUCUGCCUUUUGCUGGAGUGUAUCGUACGCGUUGAACAGAGGUGUGUGUGCAGCAUGUUGCCUUUUAGUGCUGUUCUCUCUAUUUCAUUCAUCCUAAACUUAUUUUGCUACGUCUGUCGUUGUCAUGACCGUGGCCCGUCAUUUCUACUACUCUUAACGCGUCAUAAUAUGUUUUUUUAAAAUUCAAUGAAAGCAAAACGUUCAUAAAAAAUAUUUGAAAAUUAAAUGGUUGAAUUACCAACCAGAUGUGGAUGUUUUCGGUAAUAUUUUGUGUGACAACCAGUUUUCUUUCAUAUUUUCUAGUGACAUCUCAUUUGUAAAAUGUUUUUCUAAGCAGUUUGUGGGAUCUCCAUGAUGAUUGAUAAAUCUGGCCUCCAAGGCUGCAGGUUCUUGAUUAUUGAUAUUUUAUUGAUAUUUUUAAAUCAACUUUGUACAAAUGUGUUGUGUGACUGGGGUUAAAGAAGUGAAAAGAGAAAAAAAGACUGCCUGCAUAACCCUUUAAAUAAAGUGUUGAAAUCAGUCUAAA